AUGUGCUUGGUUCAACAGCAAGUCCAUCCCAACCUUUCCGCCAAGGAAGAUUCCCUCUACUACAUCGAGGAGUUAAUCCUGCAGCUGCUGAACAAGCUCUGUGUCGCACAGCCACGAACGUUUCAAGAUGUAGAGGAGCGCGUUCAGAAGACCUUUCCGUACCCAAUUGACAAGUGGGCCAUGGCGGACGCGCAGUCGGCUAUUGAGAAGAGGAAGCGAAGGAACCCCCUCCUCCUGCCAGUGGAGAAAAUCCAUCCUUUAUUAAAGGAGGUUCUUGGUUAUAAAAUAGAUUAUCAUGUGUCCCUUUACAUUGUGGCCGUCCUGGAAUAUAUUGCGGCUGACAUCUUGAAACUGGCUGGCAAUUAUGUUUUCAACAUACGGCACUUUGAGAUUUCCCAGCAGGACAUUAAAGUAUCCAUGUGUGCAGAUAAGGUGUUGAUGGAUAUGUUUGAUCAGGAUGACAUUGGCUUAGUUUCUCUGUGUGAAGAAGAACCCUCUUCUUCUGGUGAACUCAAUUAUUAUGAUCUUGUCAGGACUGAAAUUGCGGAUGAAAGACAGUACCUGCGGGAGCUAAAUCUGAUCAUCAAAGUAUUUCGGGAAGCUUUUUUAUCUAACAGAAAGUUGUUCACGCCUAACGACAUUGACAUGAUAUUUAGCAAUAUAACGGAUAUUCACGAAUUGACCGUGAAGCUCUUGGGCUUAAUUGAGGACACUGUGGAGAUGACGGACGAAAGCAGUCCCCAUCCUCUGGUUGGCAGCUGUUUUGAGGAUCUUGCAGAGGAACAAGCCUUUGAUCCCUAUGAGACCUUAUCCCAGGACAUCCUUUCACCACAGUAUCAUGAACAUUUUAAUAACCUGAUGGCUAAACCUGCCGUGGCUUUACAUUUCCAGUCAAUUGCCGAUGGCUUUAAAGAAGCAGUGCAGUAUGUCCUUCCGAGGCUCAUGUUGGUUCCUGUUUAUCACUGUUUGCACUACUUUGAAUUAUUACAGCAAUUGCAGGAAUGUAGUGAAGAUGAAGAAGAUUGUGAAUGCUUGAAGCAAGCCAUCACAGCUCUCCUGAAUCUCCAGUGUAGCAUGGAACGCAUAUAUAACAAACACUCACCUCGACGCCGGCCUGGGGAGCCGGUGUUUUGGUUCUACAACUGUCAAAUAAGAAGCAAACAUCUGGCCAUUAAAAAAAUGAAUGAGAUCCAGAAGAAUAUUGACGGCUGGGAAGGGAAAGAUAUUGGUCAGUGCUGCAGUGAAUUCAUCAUGGAAGGGACCUUAGCCAGAGUAGGAGCCAAGCACGAACGGCAUGUCUUUCUUUUUGAUGGUUUAAUGAUCAGCUGUAAAGCCAACCACGGACAGUCCCGCCUUCCCGGCUACAGCAGCGCCGAGUAUCGACUCAAAGAAAAAAUCAUCAUGAGGAAGGUCCACAUUGUGGAUAAGGAGGACGCGUGUGAAUACAGGAAUGCUUUUGAACUGGUUCCGAAAGAUGAAAACAGCUUCAUCUUUGCUGCCAAGUCUGCCGAGGAGAAGAACCACUGGAUGGCCGCCCUCAUUUCCCUCCAGUACCGCAGCACUUUGGACCGGAUGUUGGAUGCGGUGCUGCUCAAGGAAGAGAACGAACAGCCCCUGAGGCUCCCCAGCCCAAGCGUCUAUCGCUUUGCUGUGGAGGACUCCGAGGAGAAUAUUGUUUUUGAAGACAAUCUUCAAAGCAGGAAUGGGAUCCCCAUAAUCAAAGGUGGAACGGUCGUGAAGCUCAUUGAAAGGCUCACCUACCACAUGUAUGCAGAUCCAAAUUUUGUACGGACUUUUCUUACUACAUACCGCUCCUUUUGUAAGCCACAAGAACUCCUGGAUUUAUUGAUAGAGCGCUUUGAAAUCCCAGAGCCUGAGCCAACAGAAGCCGACAGGCUGGCCAUCGAGAAAGGAGAUCAGCCAAUCAGUGCGGACCUUAAAAGAUUCCGGAAGGAAUACGUCCAACCGGUGCAGCUCAGGAUAUUAAAUGUGUUUCGGCACUGGGUGGAACAUCAUUUUUAUGACUUUGAAAGAGAUCAUGAGCUUCUUGAUAGACUGGAAACAUUUAUUUCUACUGUAAGAGGCAAAUCUAUGAAGAAGUGGGUAGAAUCCAUUGCAAAGAUAAUCAGGAGGAAAAAACAAGCUCACGCCAAUGGGGUCAGUCACAACAUAACAUUCGAGAGCCCCCCGCCACCCAUCGAGUGGCACAUCAGCCGCCAGUUUGAAACGUUUGACCUCAUGACGCUGCAUCCCAUAGAGAUUGCUCGGCAACUGACUCUCCUGGAGUCUGAUCUCUACCGAGCUGUCCAGCCCUCUGAACUUGUCGGGAGUGUGUGGACAAAAGAAGAUAAAGAAAUAAACUCUCCAAAUUUACUGAAAAUGAUUCGGCAUACAACAAAUCUUACACUUUGGUUUGAGAAGUGUAUAGUAGAAACGGACAACUUUGAAGAGCGGGUGGCUGUGUUAAGCAGAAUCAUAGAAAUUUUGCAGGUUUUCCAAGACUUGAAUAAUUUCAAUGGUGUGCUGGAGAUUGUCAGCGCCAUGAAUUCCGUCUCUGUGUACAGAUUGGAUCAUACCUUUGAGGCAUUACAGGAAAGAAAAAAGAAGAUUUUGGAUGAAGCAGUAGAGUUAAGUCAAGAUCACUUUAAAAAAUACCUGGCUAAGCUCAAGUCCAUCAACCCACCCUGUGUGCCUUUCUUUGGAAUAUACCUGACAAAUAUUCUAAAAACAGAAGAAGGAAACCCUGACUUCCUUAAAAGACAGGGGAAAGGGUUAAUCAACUUCAGUAAGAGGAGGAAAGUGGCGGAAAUCACAGGAGAAAUCCAGCAGUAUCAAAACCAGCCUUACUGUUUACGGGUCGAACCAGACAUACGGAGAUUCUUUGAAAAUUUGAAUCCCAUGGGAAGCUUCCAGGAAAAAGAGUUCACAGACUAUUUGUUCAACAAAUCGCAAGAAAUUGAGCCUCGGAAUUGCAAACAGCCACCCAGAUUUCCCAGGAAAACAACGUAUUCUCUGAAAUCUCCCGGAAUAAGGCCAAACACAGGCAGGCAUGGUUCCACGUCGGGCACGCUGCGGGGUCACCCCAUGCCCCUUGAAAAGGAGCCCUAUAAGAUCAGCUUCAGUAGGAUCACGGAGGCCGAGCAGGAGUCUGCCGCGUCAGCACCAACGUCGCCAAACAUCCCGUCCACCCCACCGGUGUCUGCGUCUUCAGAACUCAGCGUGUUCUUAGACAUAGACCUCAAUAGCUCUUACGGUAGCAGCAAUAGCAUCUUUGCACCUGUCCUUUUGCCCCAGUCAAAAUCCUUCUUCAGUUCAUGUGGGAGUCUGCAUAAAUUAAGUGAAGACCCUCUGGUCCCACCUCCUCUGCCUCCUCGCAAGAAGGUUGAUCAGGAUCCUUCUAACUCAAAGAGCGGCUCCAAAUCCGACGACGACCCUCCUGCUAUUCCCCCCCGGCAGCCGCCGCCUCCAAAGAUACAGCCCCGCGUCCCUGCUUACAGUGGUUCGUUUGACCCGCUGCCGCAGCAAAGCCCUCCUCCCCCGCCGCCGAGGGACCCUCUUCCCGACACCCCUCCGCCCGUCCCCCUUCGCCCCCCGGAGCACUUUGUGAAUUGUUCCUUUCACCUCCAGCCACCCCCCACGGGACGUUUUCACAGAGAUCCCGACCGGCUCCGGGAAGCCUCCACGUGCCCAAGCUCACCCAAGACGCCUCCCAGCACCCCUUCGCCUCGCGUCCUGCGCCGCUGGUGUGGGCUGAGCCCAAACCCCAACCACCUCGCAGCUCCCCCGGUCCCGCCGCGACAGAACUCCAGUCCUCAGCUGCCCAAGCUGCCACCAAAGACUUACAAAAGGGAACUCUCCCACCCUCCUUUGCACAGACUCUCUUUACUCGAGAACGCGGAAACACCUCAAUGACCUUCCCCACGCGAGUCACGGACACUGGAAGAGUAGCUGUAAAAUGUAUUCGCGAAGGCUUUCACGGCCGGGAUCUAAUGGUUGUUGUGGUUUUUUCGGGCUCUUUGGCCGUGCU